CCUAUCCUCCUGCAACCACUUCGAUUCUCCACUCUCACCACUUCGCUUCCACUCCCAACCUGUCUCCCGUCCUUGACCUCCGCCCUCCCUCUGCCAGGUUCACGUUCUCGUCGGCCGGGUUCUCUUCCACGUUACGCCGUGCUUUAGUCAAAUCGUCCUCCUUUCGCUCGCCUGCCUGUCGUCGGCUGAUGUUGUCGUCCAGGGCCAGUUGCUGUCACUCUUGGGUGCCUCGCCUCUGCCUCUCUUGUGUGCGCCUUGUCACUAGGUAAUUCGACUUCGGUUACGGCUUCCGCCCCGUUCUCGCUUGUGUUAGCCUUGAAGGUUCGCUGUUGUCAUUCCCCCUCACGCCGCCCUUUUCAUCCGAGAGCACGGCACCCUCACCGUCUGCCUUCUCUUCCUUGCAACUUCCCGGGCCGUUGACGUUGAAUCUUCCCUUGCUCUCGCCUAUCGGCUCUUCUAAAAAAAAAACAAAAAAAUCAAGUCUAACACCCGAGUGCUUGUUCAAGUCGCAACUUACCACAUCCGACGACGAUCGACCCCCUGGUCCCAAGCCCAACGAGUCCACGCGAGGACGAUGAAGCGAAACCCAACACCCUGCCCAUCCGCUCAUUGAGUAUACCACUAUACCGUACCAUACGACACUCGGCGAUCCUCAUAAAUCCGUCACAAGUUUUGGUGCUGGACAAUUGUCACUUUCCGCACAAGACCUCAAGCCACCGCUCCGGUGCGGGAACCCCGCCGUAUCUAGUAUCGGGUCAUACACAUAGGAGUAGCGAAGGAGGAGAGAGCCUGUAACAGGAAAGACGAAAGACAAGAGGAGGGAUUGUGGUGGACGCGCAUUUUGUGCUCGAGUGAAUCUAUCCAAGAUGUCGUUGGCAAUACCCGACAAUGGCCUUCUCCUUGAAGGCCCGACCGAAGCAGCAGCUCGGCGAUCGCCGCACGCAUUUGCGGUGCCCUUGUCCGCUGAACUCGUUGCGCAGAUGAUUGAGAGCGCACAGAAUGGGGGCAAGCUUCAGUUGUCACUGAGUGACGAUCCGGCAAUCUUCAUUGAAGAUCAGGAAGUACCUCUCCAGCCCGAGCUUUUAACAGAACCAGUGGACUACGAGUUGUUCUACACCAACCCAAACAAACCAACAAGAGGUCAACGAGUCUUGGGACCAGUCAUGUCGAUCUUUGACUACUACAAAAGAGCCAAGGCUCGCAAGGCGGCUCAAACCACCAAACCUUCCAACGGUAUCGAAGGGGCAGUCGAAAACCUAAAGAAUUCCUUCGCCAAGGUUGAAGCAGAUAAGCGAGAGAACUCCGCUUUGAUCGUCGAGGGACUGCCUUCCAAAAAGGGUGCCAAAAUCAACCCCGGCAAGGCAAGACUCCUGGGAUCACAGACCAAUGGCACGUCUCGGUCGAUUUCUGUCAGUCCUGCGUUGAGUGGGCUUGGUUCACCUUCCCUGGGUCCUACCAGUAACGGCCCUGGUGACCGAUUGAAGCAACAGAAAUUCCCCAUCAUCCACGAGCUUGCUGCCCAAAACCUAACAUUCGAGGAACUUCUUGAGAGAUACGACGGAGAUGAGCAAGAAUUCCACCCAAUUCUCAACAAGGUGGCUGACUUUGACUCGGAUGAGCAAAAAUGGGUUCUUAAGAAAAUGUAUUGGAAAGAGCUGGAUGUCUUUGAGUAUGCCUACGCCACGGACGAAGACCGCCAAAAAGCGAUCGACAACGCCAUCAAACAGUAUGAUCGCAUGCGGUUGGGUGUUUCGGAUCCGCUGUGGCAGAAGUUGCUUCCCAAGGGAGAACGCGGAAAGGGUAUCUGCCUGAGCAAGCUUCAUGCCACCAUCGCCAAGAACAGUCAAACCGUUCCGACCCCAAACCGAAUCACAGGAACUGCCAGUCCUAGCGGUGCAGAGACGGAGAAGGGAGAGCCGAUGUCGCGGUCCAACUCUCAGACAGGCGUGACCAAGAAGAAAGUGUCGGCUUCGGUUGCGCAGGCCAAGCGUCUUGCCACAGCAAUCGCAAAUGCCAAAAAGCCGGGCAGGCCGAGUGCUGCCAAGGCAACAGCUUCAAAGGUGGCAUCGCCUAGGAUGGCCUCACCGAAGGUGGCUUCUACAAAGGUCACAGGGUCAAAGGGUCCUGCCGCUAAGGGGGGGCGCAUUCUUUCCAAGGAGAUCAUCACGGAUUCCGAUUCGGACGAAGACGAAGUGCCUCUUUCGAAGAGCUUAGGAAGGACUCAAGGUGUUUCUGCGCCUGCACCUGGUACUAAGAAGUCUGGUCCUCCCGUGGAGAAAUACAAGACAGCAGCAAAAUCAAUCGAGGCCCCAAGCCCAAAGACUAAACAGAAGCCAAAGGCCGCUCCGAUCAGAGCUGUUGGGAAGAAGAAGGUGGAGGAGACCAGAGAUACAAUUCGGGCUCAACCCAUUCCCAAAACCACCAAGCCGAUGGUGUCGAAACGCCCGCGGGAUCCAGAGGACGACGAAAGUUCCAGCUCCGGAACUCCGCUUAGCCAGCGUGUCAAGCCAGUGCCAAAGCCCAAAGCAAGACCUGACGCUACGACUAAAUCUGGCAGCACGUUUGCAAAGGGCAAGUUUGCCAGUCCCCAGAAAUCUUCGCCAUUGGCCUCAUCGCCGCUUACCAACGCGUCGGAUAACGAGGAAGUUCGCCGGGCCAUCGUAUCGAGGCCUCAGAAACGGGAGCGCGAGCGCGAGCGUGACCGUGAGGUUAUUGUUAGUAGCGCAAGCAGCAAUGCCGGCAGUGUCAAUGGAGACGUUGGAUCUAGAAGCAAGAAACGUCCUGCGCCGUCCGAUUAUGCAUCCGGCAAUAUCGGCUCCAAGCGCCCACGCCUCGACCCAGAUAUCCUCAGCAGGGCCGAAAAGUUCAAACGCGCAUAUACCCGGUACGAAGCAUUGCACCGUGAGGUCAGUAGUGCGGAAGACCCUUCAUCAGAGAAGGUGGAGAGUCUUAUGCGAAUGCACGCUCGACUUCAGAUCGAGAAGAAGGAAAUCUACAGCGCUGUCACGUUGGAGAAUGACUAGGAGCCCCGUGGAAAACACGACAGAAAGAGGCGAGGAAGAACUUGGGAGAGGAACAAGACGAACAAUCUACAAAGGAGGAUGGGUCGACUCCACAUAAUAUUGCCAAGAGGUCUGCACAUUAGAGGAGUUUUCAAGGUAUGGAAGACAACACUUUGGCGUUUGGUUUCACCCCAGGAGCCUAUUCACAGGGUUCGCAAGAAGUGGCAGGGGGUCCACAUGACUUAUGGAACAGCAAUUCAAACGGGUAUAUUAUGAUGGCAACUCUUCUUUUAUUUUUUCUUUCUUUUUUUGAGCCUUUCAUUUUUCUCUUCUUUCUCUAUCCUGUUUCCGGGUCAUGGCCUACAUACCGUCUUUCUGGUAGUUGCCGGAAAAUUGGAAGCAGGAUUCAAAGGCCGUCUUUCUACUCUUCAGUUUACGAAGCAUCAAAGGCAUGGCGCAGGCAUUUAAAAAUACCCAAUGGUUGGGCCUAGCAGGUUUGGCUUUUCAGGGUUUGGCUUUUCAGGGUUUGGCUUUCGUUUUAACUCGCUGUCUCUUUUUUUUUACCUUUUCUUUUUUUUUUAUCUUGCCGUGCUCUUUGGUCUAGAAAAUGUCUACUGGGCGACACUCAGGCGCUAUUUCUGGUAGAUGUAGACCUGGAUAACAAUUUGAGGAGGGAAGGAUGGAUGUAUGUACUACAUUUCCCAGUCCUGAAUUCUGCGGCUUUUGUCUUCUGGAGUCUUUUUAUUCUUGCGAUUGCAAUGGAUCAUCGCACUUGACGAGCAUAAGAUCGGGAACUGACAUGAGAGUUUAAGAUGGGGAUGGGGCAAUUGGGCGUUUGAUUAUAUUAGGUCCCUUUAUGCUGAUAAGCAGGCAGGGAAAGCGCGACAGAGAGUCAUGAGAAUCGUCUUUGCUCAUCUUUGAUUUGACAGAUGGCAUGAUGGUUUGAGCGCGAGACAUGAUGGCAAGCUUAGCUACCUAUGGAAGGUACCAAUACAGACGGGACAGAUAUGUACUGCGUUGCCGCAGUUCUGCCCAUAUUGCAAGGACACUUUGAUAAACCAAAACAGCUUGUUGGCGAUCGGCGUUCAUUGUAUUUGAUAUUGAUUAGUAGGACGGUGACGGACAGAUGUGUCGUCGACCGUUUGAGGAAUCCGUCAUAGCAUAGCAAAAUCAAAGAAAAGAAAGUUGAGAGA